GUGUGAAGAAGGUGAUUUUGUUCACGAUCUGGCGGAGCCUUUCAAAAACAAGAUCGGUGGUCAAGCUGUUGCUCGUCACUGCCCAAAAUACGUGUGAUGCUUACACCACGUCAGGAAUGAUGAACCCAAGGUUUAACUUUUAUAAGAAGGACGCGGCGUGAUUCUUCUGAUUGGUCAUUGCCAGGCUCGGCUCUUUCUGAUUGGACAAUCCUUCGUCCGGGGAAUAAAAAGAACAAAACCGGCGCGCACGGCGCGCUGAGAGGAAGAGAAGGUUUAGUGGUGGUUCUAUCGCAAGAAGGAGCCGGUGUGGCGGGAACUGCAGUCAUGAACUGCCUGAUGAUGCCUGGAGUCCAACCCGGAUCACCCCUCAAAGCCCGCGGCCAGAUACAGGUCAUCUUUGGACCCAUGUUCUCUGGAAAAAGCACUGAACUCAUGCGCCGUGUCCGUCGUUUCCAAAUUGCACAAUAUAAAUGUCUAGUGAUCAAGUAUGCCAAGGACACACGCUACUCCACCAAUGGGGUCUCCACACAUGACAGGAACACCAUGGAAGCCCAGUCAGCUUGUUGUCUCAAAGAUGUGCAUCAGGAAGCUCUUGGUUCAGCUGUGAUUGGCAUUGAUGAGGGCCAGUUUUUUCCAGAUAUUGUUGAGUUCUGCGAGGUGAUGGCCAAUGCAGGGAAGACUGUCAUUGUGGCAGCCCUUGAUGGGACUUUCCAGAGGAAGGCCUUUGGGAACAUCUUGCACUUGGUCCCCUUGGCAGAGAGCGUGGUGAAACUAAAUGCUGUCUGUAUGGAGUGUUACCGUGAGGCCUCUUACACAAAGAGACUGGGAACAGAGAAGGAGGUGGAAGUAAUAGGAGGGUCAGACAAGUAUCAUGCAGUCUGUCGUGUCUGCUACUUCAAGAAACGGCCCCAACAGUCAGCAGUUGACAACAAAGAGAACUUGCCCGGAGGGUAUAAACAGAUGGAAGUUGCUGCUUCUCGGAAGGCUUUGGCUGCCCGUCAGCUCAUGCAGUGGAGCCCCUCAAGCUGAACAGGGGAAGCAAAUCGAUUGCUGGGUAGACUGAGGAGCUGCUGUUCCAUCCUUCACUCCACUUCUAUCUGGCAAACCUAGACUGCUACAGAGUGAGGUCUUCUCCAAAAGAACAUUACUGGGGAAGGCACCAGAAGCAAGAGGACUGUUGUAAGUGGGAACAAGGCAGGAGGACACUGCAGCAGGCUGUGGCUUUGGGGACUCUGUGCAAUCUAAUCUAGCAGUGGCACGGUUAUGCAAAACUUGCAUUUCCUCUUGCGCAAACCUUGCCUGCUAUAUUUAUUUUCUCCGUGGUUUAAUAACUGCCACCACAGGUCUGAGAUGCAGGCUUGGAUCACUAGCAGAAGACAUCGUAAAAACAGUAUUCAUUAUACCUAAACACCCAGGACUGGCUCUGCACUGAGAGGGGGUUGUUGAGAAGUGGACUCCUUCUGAGGCCCCCAUCCCCUCAUGGAAGCAGAUGGGGGUUUCGUUCAUUCUUGGGCUGGUGGCAGCAGCAUGUUCUCGCCAGCAGCUGCUAUCUGCCCUGUCAUAAUGCUGUAUAUGGCAAUGGAGAAACAUGGCAGGCAGCCACCAGCAGCUAGAACACCUGCUUCUGCCAACCCCUUGAACAUGAAAAAUCCACAGCUAUUAGGAAAGGCAGGGAUGUACGACUUCAGCCCUCCAGCUGCCGAACUACAACUCCCAUCAUCCCCAGCCACACUGAUCAAUAGAGAUUAUGGAAGUUGUAGUGUCCAGCAUUUGGCAGGAGGCCCAAAGUUUGUGUAGCCUUGUGAUGAAGGGAUGGCUGUUCCAUCUUACUUAUAGCUGCUGCUUGGCAAUUGCCCAAGAGUGCCUCAUGCCAAAGCCAGCCCAGCAGCACUUUUUCCCAACAGGCACUGAUCAUUCAAUUUUAAUGGGUUAUCCUGAAGUAGUCACUUUUCCUUUCUCCAGUAUAGAGUGUGACUUGACCAUGGAACUUGAUGCUCAGCUCCAAGGACUGUCUAGACUGCCUGUGCAAAGUGUCUUGGAUUGUAGUGAGAUUCACUCACAACUGCACAAUCCUCUAGUAGCAGCAUAGUGAGCACAGGGGGUGCCUAAUGUUCUGAGGGGCUUGCUAACUAAUUGAUUAGCCAUGAGAGCUGCAGAAGCAAUCUCAAGUUUUGUUUUUCCAUGGAAGGGCUUGACUGAUUAAGUGUAUAUCUAGAAAUGGACAAUGAGCAAUUCUUAUGCCUUGUGCAGCUUCAGCUUUUAAAAUGCCAUAUUCUCAUCAUGACUUUCCUAAUUUAUUCAAAUUGACUAGUGGCAUCUGCCAUGUUCAUUGCUCAUGUAACUGUUAUCCCAUAGGGAUGUACUUCUGCUGUAAUCUAAGAUUCCUAUCUGCUUCAAAUGCUGAUAUUCUUGCACUUAAACAUGCCCUGUUACUAUUUUUCACCCCUGCCUUCCCACAGAUGAUGUAACAUGAAUGUAUAUUAUUUUAGUCUGACAGACGUCACUCUUUAUACUCAGCUUUGACUUUGACACUGCCCUGCUAAUAAAUAUUCAGUGUUUGUGCUUCA